AUAAAACAUCAGUCAUCUCGCUGGACUGGCUGUUAAGGGAGCGCCGUUGACCUCACACGUUACUCACCACAUGUCUAUAUUUCUGACUCUUGAUCCAGUAAUUGUAAGGUGGUGUAGUGAUGGCAAGAAAAAUUGGAGCAGUUUUAAUUGACCUAAACGGCACUUUACAUAUUGAGAACACUGUUAUACCUGGUUCAAUAGAAGCUCUCAAGAAAUUACGAGCAUCAAAUGUCAAGAUCAAGUUUGUCACCAACACCACUAAAGAGUCAAAACGUAUUCUUCAUGAACGCCUCACAGGUAUCGGCUUCAGUAUUGACAAAGAUGAAAUCUUCACUUCCCUGACAGCUGCCCGACAGUUAAUUGACAAACAGAAUUUGCAACCUUACAUGCUGAUUGAUGAUGCUGCCAAAGAGGACUUCAGUGGCAUCAGCUCUGAGAACCAUAAUGCUGUGCUCGUAGGACUGGCUCCUGAUAAGUUUAACUAUGAACAGAUGACGACAGCUUUCAGGAUAUUGCUGGAAGGAGCUCCACUCAUAGCUAUCCACAAAGGUCGAUAUUACAGACGAGGUGAUGGCCUGGCUCUUGGACCUGGACCAUUUGUUGCUGCCUUAGAAUAUUCAGCCGGAUGUAAGGCGCAAACUAUAGGUAAACCAGAGACUUCCUUCUUCCAGUCAGCUUUGGAUGACCUGGGAUGUAUUGCCUCAGAAACUGUCAUGAUUGGAGACGAUGUUCAAGAUGACGUGGGUGGAGCAAAAAACGCUGGCCUUUUUAGUAUGUUGGUCAAGACUGGCAAAUAUAGAUCAGGAGAUGAGUUACUUGUAGACCCAAUGGUGACGAUUGUUGCAGAAAAUUUUGCCGAAGCUGUGGACCUUUUAGUUGCUAAGUUGAUUAAGCAAUGAAGCUAUAUACUAAGAUUCUUCCUCUUAAAAGUGAAUUUCUUUUACUUUUUAAACUGAUUUUAAAGUAUUUAAAAGAAACAACACUUAAGAUUCUUCCUCUAUAAAGUGAAUACUGUACAACAUUUAUGUGCAAAAGUUGUAUAAAUAAGUUUUGGAUACAUCAUGAACGUACAGUAUCGGCCAUUCAUGCUUCGCAAUAUACUGUAUUGAUCUUGAUAUGUAUAUUUUGUUGUUUUAUCAUUUCACGAAAUUAUAUUCCUAAAAUUGCAAUAACUGAA